GGCGCCAUCUUGGGCGCUCGUCGUUGGACGUCGAGGUGUACCCGGACGGGAGCAAUGCAGGAGUCAGAGAGCCAUGGAAGUACACUACCGAGGAACAGAGUGGCAGGAAAUUGUGAUCAAAGGGCAUCGUCCAACCGGCUGGUAAGACACAAAACCGUGCCGCUUCAAAGCAAGUCAUCACCCGCAACCAGCUCUUCAGGCCCUGGAAAGAAAUCGCGGCCAAGUGAUAAACUCAACCCCAAAACCAUCAAUCCAUUUGGAGUACAAUCACGAGUUCCUUCUGCUUUUGCUGCUGUGUACUCUAGAGGAGGGGUUCCUUGCAGGUUGGUUCAUGGUUCGAUAAAUCACAAAUUACAGUGGGAUUGUCUUCCUGAAACACUUCCAUUUGAUCCUCUUCUUAUUACUUUAGCUGAGGGUCUGAGGGAAACCAAACAUCCAUAUACAUUUGUGUCAAAGGAGGCUUUUAAAGAAUUGCUCUUGGUCGAAGGUGCUACUGAAAAGACUCUGCCCUUGCUACCCAAGCUGAUUCCUGUGCUGAAGGCAGCUCUGGUCCAUUCAAAUGGUGAGGUGUUUGAAAGAGGGUUGAAUGCUUUGGUGCAGUUGAGUAGUGUUGUGGGUCCCUCGCUAAAUGAUCAUCUGAAACAUCUACUUACAAGUCUUUCCAAACGACUAAUGGAGAAGAAGUUCAAAGAACCAAUCACCAGUGCUUUACAAAAGUUAGAGCAAUAUGGGGGAAGGGGGAGCCUGGUGGUCAUCAAAUCUAAAAUUCCAACCUAUUGUUCCAUCUGUUUCUGAAUAGAGAAACCAUCCUUUUAACUGAGUUGGGAGAAAAUGUCAGAUGCUGACACUUAGGGAGUGUUUUAAUUUACAAAAUUAAGCCAAUGGAGUAAAUGCUUAUAGGAAAAACCUUCUAAACAAGCGUGCAAUUCUGUGAGUUGCAUCUGUUUCGAAUGGAGCAGAUUUAAAAGCGAUAGCCAACAUGAGCAUCUUUGUCAUAAUUGACACUGGAUUUUUGCCUAUCAGGUUUACAAAUCAAAUAUAAUAGUUGUUUAAAGUAUAUGUUAUUUCAACUACUAAAUUAUUAUGCAUUUUUAUAAUAAUGAAAGGUUGAGAACGUCUUUUUCCCCCCUCCCAGCAGGGAGUUCAUUUGUGUUGUUGGCAUAGUUAUUAUUUUUAUAUUUCAAGUCUAGACAUAAUUUUAGGAAAUUAAACUAUUGAAUUGAUGAAACUACUGGCAAAAUAUGUUGCACUUUAUGGGGUAGUGGGGUCAUAUUUACAGUUACCGUCAACAGAAAUGCUCUCAUGUAGUUUUAGAUAUUGAAAGGUUGAGCCUCAGUGCUACGAAAAUCCAAAGCAUGGGGAAGACACUGCGGCUGUUGGAAUGUUUUAGAAAGAAAGACCUAAAGCAUAGACCAGUAGGGUUAUAAACAUUCUACUUACUUUUAUUUCUUCCUCUUUUUUUUAAAAUACAAAAUGUACACAUUGAGUUUUCACAGACACGCUACGGCAAAUUUCAGGUGUACAUGUAUUGUACUACUCUUAUUCCUACACUGGUGAUAGCAGAGCACUCUUCAACACCAAAUCUCUACACCAGAAUAGAUACCUGAUUUGUUUUUGCAAAGCUGCAAAAUUCCUUCUCCAAUAGCCAUGGUGACAUUUCUGCAGAACAGAGACGAAACUAAGUUGGGAUCAUUGUGACAACCGAGAAUCUUGGGAAUGGCGACCUGAACAUUUACCUGGAAAAAUGUUUCCACGUGUUGUCGGGGUGCGUCCUCUUUGAGAACAGGGUUGGCAGCACCUCAGGAAUCCCAAGAUAUUCCCUACCUUCCCCAGCUCCAUGGGUGUCAGGAGUGAGGAAGAAAAGUGCCAUCCGACCUCGGCUGCUGCUUCGUUUCCCUGGCAAAAGAAGUUCGGGUUGGAUAAUGCGCCUGCUCUUCAUGUAUUCAGUCGCUCAGCCAGAUGGCCCCUUACACCGCAGAUGCCGAGGUCCUUGAGAUACAGUCUCAGUAACUCAGUUUGAAAUGCCUUUGGAAAAUUUCAGUCUUAUGGGGGCAUUUAAGCGUUAUUUCCAGUCGAUUGUGUGGUCUUAGCGGAAGGAGUUGAAAGCUUCCACUACUGCCUGCACCAAAUUGCUUUUCAAGUUUGAAAUUGUGUGUCAUUGAAAAUGUGAUAGGCACAGGUUAUUUCUUGCAGUUAUUAAUUCACUGUAAUUAUUACCGGUCAAUGUUACAAUUACUUCACUAACAAUGUAUUUCGAUCAAAAAUUAGACUGUAUUCCUAAUUAAAAUGGUAAAUAAAUGAAUCCUUUUAAGAG